AUGAAAAAAUGUAAACCUGUUAAGAAGAAAACCGAAAUAUGUUCAUCAAUAACAACUACAACACCGGCUCCGGUCACAUAUAAUGGUCGCGAGCUUGUGACAAAAGUUAUUGAAGAACCAGCUGGAAUGUGGAAAGAUCUUAAAAUCGUACAUGGAAGAGCUCGUCAUCCACAAUUACAACGAUCAAUAGAACGUUGUAAUCAACACAUAAAACAAUUGAUAGUUUUAUCCGGUCAUGAACCAAAAAUUGGUUUAACAUCAACAUCCUUACAUCCAUCUAUAUUCGAUAGUAUAACAACAGAAGAAGAACUAGAAAAGGAAUUAGACAUACCAGCAGUUGUCGAUCAAGAUACAAUUGAUGAAGGCGAAAGUAGUCAUGAAACAGAAGGAAAAGGCUCAAAGAAUGAUGAUGAAGAAAGUAGUGGUGAACAAGAUGGUCAAGAUUUAGAUAUGAGUUCACUUAAUGAUUGA